AUGGUGCGACACAAAAAAGACUUUGCCGGGCGCGGCAAGAAAUUCGGCGGCGGUCGUGGCGGCGGCUCGUCACGACCCCGCGACGACAGACCAGCGAACGGCGAGGAUGAGCGCGGCGGCAGCACGCGCGCCAGACCCCCCUUCAAGGCGGCGUGCUGGGACCUGGGCCACUGCGACCCGAAGCGGUGCUCGGGCAAGAAGCUGAUGCGUCUGGGCCUGAUGCGGGAACUACACGUGGGCCAGCGGCACAACGGCGUCAUCAUCACGCCCAACGGCAAGCAGGUGGUGUCGCCCGACGACAGCGCACUCAUAGACCAAUUUGGCGCGGCCGUCGUCGAGUGCUCAUGGGCGCGCACAAAAGAGGUGCCGUGGGGCAAAGUCGGCGGCAAGUGCGAGCGGUUGCUGCCGUAUCUCGUGGCGGCCAACACGGUCAACUACGGGAAGCCGUGGCGGCUCAACUGCGCCGAGGCGCUGGCGGCGGCUUUCUACAUUUGCGGGCAUGCCGAGUGGGCAGAGCAGGUUCUCGAGUCAUUUUCGUACGGGCCGUCGUUUUUGGAGAUUAACAAAGCGCUCCUGGACAAGUAUGCGGCGUGUACGGAUGCGGCGAGCGUCAAGAGGGCCGAGGAGGAGUGGAUGGCGCAGCUGGAGCGAGAGUAUACGGAGAGUAGAGAGAUGGGGGAUGAUGUAUGGGCGAGCGGCAACACGAAUCAUCGGCGGCUGGAUCCUUCCGACGACGAGGAUGAGGAUGAGGAGGUGGAGGAUGAUGAAGAGGUGGAACAAGGGAGUGUAGACGGGAUAUAUCUAGGAAAGCGCCCGCUGGAGAUACAGGGGGAGGAAGAUGACAAGGAUCCGUUUGCCAUUUCCGACGACAGCGACGACGACUUGGUCAUGGAAGAGAUUCGCCGCAAGGUGCUGGCCUCCAAGACCUUUGUCAAUACGCAAAACGACAAGGAGGAAGAAGAGGACCGCAAGGCCAAGCCGGCGAGGAUAGCGCAUCCGCAGCAGAAGCUGACCGAGCACAGCGUCGAGCCCGACUCGGACAAUGGCGACGGCGGCGACGAAGAAGUAGCCAGUGAUGACGAGUUUGACAAUAUCAUUGAUGCGACGCCCGUGACGGAUAGGAUCGGCCUGUCGAAGCUGGAAAAGGAGAGGGCGCAGGCGGCCAUUACAAGCAGGACGUUUUCGUCGAAUGUCGUGUCGGCGCCGUCUCGCUGGUAG